CCAAAGAGAGGGGCUGGGCAGGGGUUCGCAGCUCCGCGGCAGCCAUGGCGUACAACGGCCUCACGGUGACUCUCAUUGUGAUGAGCGUGAUCUGGGGCUUUGUCGGCUUCUGCGUGCCCUGGUUUAUCCCUAAGGGUCCCAACCGGGGAGUUAUCAUCACCAUGUUGGUAACCUGUUCAGUUUGCUGCUAUCUCUUUUGGCUGAUUGCAAUUCUGGCCCAACUCAACCCUCUCUUUGGACCACAGUUGAAAAAUGAAACCAUCUGGUACCUCAAGUAUCACUGGCCUUGAGGAGGAAGACCUGCUCUCCAGCGCUCAGUCAUUGAGGUCACGAAGAGAAUUCCUCUAGAUGCAAAAUCAACUCGAAACCCAGACCGCCUUCUUUGACUUCCCUAUUUUGGCCAUCAGCUGCCUUAAACAUUCACACCAUAUUUGAAUAUCUUAUUUUACAAUGCAGUAUUUUUUCCUGUUGCCUUUUUUUACAUUUUGAUGAAUUAUGUGACUACUUAACCUAAACUGUGCUGACUCCAUAAAAUGUUUAUGCACUCUUCUGAGAUGGAGGGUGCUAUUCUUCUGAGAAAUACAUUGCUCUCUCCUUGGAACCUGUGAAUUUGAAGAUGACUCCUGCCUGGUCACAACAUGGGAAUCAGCAAAGUGUUUAAAAACUGUCACAAGACAAGGCAGUCAGUAGGAGAGCAUGUUCAGAGGGAAUAUCUGUCCCAACAGAAUUACACCAAAGUAUAUUUUCAGGAUGACUUUCUUAUUUCUGCCGUCUCCUGGAGUAAAUUAUUUUUCAGCUUUCUGUGGAAAAAUAAAAAAAAUAAAAUAAAAUCUAAAAAAAGAGAAAUCAACUAUAGAGGAAAUUUUGGAAAUUUACAAGUAUCUGAAAAUGUAAUUGAGUAUCCAACUGGUCAGAGAAGAAAUUGAAAGUAUAAUAAAUACUUUGAGAUGAAUCAAAAUGAAGAUACAACAGACCAAAACUAUGGGAUGCAUCAAAACAGUAGCUAGUUGAAAAUGUGUAGCUAUAAAUACCUAUAUCAAGGAAAGAUCUCAAGGGCACCUGGAUGGCUCAGUGGUUGAGCAUCUGCCUUUGGCUCACAGUCUUGGGAUUGAGUCCCACAUCAGGCUCCCCAGCAGGGAGCCUGCUUCUCCCUCUGCCUAUAUCUGUGCCUCUCUCUCUGUGUCUCUCAUGAAUAAAUAAACUUAAAAAUCUUAAAAAAAAAACCUCUCAAAUUUAGUGGCUUAACCUUUCACCUUAAUGCACUUGAAAAAAAGAACAAAACCUAAAGUAAACAGAAGAAAGUAAAUAAAGAUUAGAACUAAGUAAAUGAAGGACAACAGAAAGACAACAGAGAAAUCAGUGAAACCAAAGGUUCUUUUUUUUUUAAAGGUCAGCAACUUGACGUCUUUAGCUAGAUUGACUAAAAUAAAAAAAAAAGAAAUGACAAAUUAUUAAAAUCAGGAAUGAAAAGGGACAUUACUAGCAAACUUAUAGUAAUUAAAAUAAAAAAAACUAUAGGGGAAUGCUAUAAACAAUUCUGUGCCAAUAAAUUAGGUAAUUUAGGUUAAAUAGACAAAUUCCUAGAAAGACAAACUACCAAAACUGAUUCAAGAAGAAAUAUAAAUCUGAAUAAUAGACCUAUAACAAGAAAUUGAAUUGGUGUUAAGAAAAAUAUACCCACAAAGAAAAAAGCCUGGACCCAGAUGGGUUCAUUGUGAAUUCUACCAAAUAUUCAAAAGAAGAAUUAAUAUCAUUCUUUAUAGACUUUUCCAAAAAAAGUAGAAAAGAUUGAAACCCUUCCCAACUCAUUCCAUCAGGCUAGUAUUAUCCUGAUACAAAAACUAGGAAAAACAGCAAGAAAGUUAAGGAUUAAUAUCUCCUAUGAAUAUAGAUGCAAAAAUCCUCAACAAAAUACUAAUAAGCUAAAUCCAGUCAUGUAUAGAGAAGGUUAUACAUCAUGAUCAAGUGAGAUUUACCUCAGGAAUGCAAGACUGAUUUAACAUUCAAAAAUUAUUAUGUAAUAUAUUCCAUCAAUAGAAUUAAGAUAAAAACCACAUAAUCAUAUCAAGAUGCAGAAAAAUACUUGUCAGAAUUCAACGCCUCUUCACGAUGAAAGCACUCAAUAAAGUAGGAAUAGGAAGAAACAUGUUCAACUUGACAAGUCACCAACAGAAACACCUCACAGCUAACAUACUUAAAAGGCAAAGAAUGAGUGCUUUCUUCCUAACUCAGAAAGAAGGCAAGAAUGUCUGCUCUCGGGGCACCUGGUGGUUCAGUGGACGAGCGUCUGCCUUCGGCUCAGGUCAUGAUCCUGGGGUCCUGGGAUUGUGUCCCACAUCUGGGUUCCCAUGGGGAGUCUGCU